AUGACUGGGAAAAUUAGGCUGAAGCGUAUAGCUUUUAUUCACCCAGAUUUGGGUAUAGGAGGUGCUGAGAGACUUGUGGUUGAUGCUGCUGUAGGGCUACAAGAGUUGGGAAGUGAAGUAACCAUUUAUACCUCGCAUUGUGACUUGAGUCAUUGUUUCGACGAGGUGGCAUCGGGUCAAUUGAAAGUCAAAGUGUAUGGGGAUUUCUUACCGACACAAAUACGGAAACGUUUCCACAUUUUAUUUGCCAUAAUGAGACAAUUUUAUUUGACUCUUGUAUUGAUUUUCUCGGGAGAAAUCAACAAGGUUGAUUAUUUCAUAGUGGAUCAAUUGUCGUUUUGUAUUCCGCUUUUGAAUUUAUUCAGUAGCGAUACUUGCCGGAUUUUGUUUUAUUGUCAUUUCCCAGACCAAUUAUUGACCAAGAGGAACGGAUGGGUCAAGAGUCUAUACCGUGUCCCAUUUGAUUUUAUAGAGGAAGCAUCUACUGGCUGUGCUGACCAGAUUGUGGUGAAUUCGAAUUUCACCAAGAAAAUUUUCCACGAUACGUUUAAGAACUUAACUCAAGUAGAUCCUGGGGUUAUCUACCCUUGUGUCAAUGCAAGUUUGAGCACUAUUGAAAUAACCGAGUCAGAUGAAGAAGUUUGCAAUUUUUUCAAAAAUUCAAGAUAUUUUUUGUCAAUAAAUAGAUUUGAAAGAAGUAAAGAAAUUGAACUUGCAAUCAAGGCCUUUGCCAAACUGAAGAGAAUACUUCCAGGUAAACCAAGGCUAGUAAUUGCUGGUGGGUAUGAUUCCCGAGUCGUUGAGAAUGUUGAAUACCUAAAAGAAUUAACUCAGCUAUGUGAUGAGUUGAAAUUGACAAACUUUACAGUAAGGGGAAAGCUUAUUAUCAUGCCUCCAUCAACAGAUGUGUUGUUUCUUCCAAGUAUCAGAACGUCGCUCAAAAAUUCAUUAUUGAAAAAUGCUGAGCUCUUAUUGUAUACUCCAGGUAGAGAACAUUUCGGAAUCGUUCCUGUUGAAAGUAUGCAGUUCAAGACUCCGGUAUUGGCCAGAAACUUUGGUGGUCCUUUAGAAACAGUUGUUCAUUUUGAUGGAACCAAUAUCGAUGAAGCUACCGGGUUUGUUGAACUGGGAGACUAUGAAAAAUGGGCAAAGAUAAUGAUUAAAUAUUUCAACGAAACAAGUGAACAAAUUAAGAAAGAGUUGGGUAAUAAUGGAUAUAAACGGGCCAUGAAGAAAUUUUCAAGAAUCGAAACAAGCAAUGAAUUUGCAAUAAACUUACAGCAUGCUUCAAAAAGCGCAAAGAAAAACACCAUAUCUAUAUGGAUUUUGUUCAUUAUCCCAGUUAUUAUUAGUAUCGUUAUUGCAUUUAUCACAUAUAGAAUUCUACUUGUAUAA